UUCCGGCGAAGCCGCGGCGGGGAGCGGGUCGGGGUAGCGCUGCGCGGCCGUGGCGGCGCCGGCAGCGGGUCGGGUCUCGUCUCAGCCCCCUCAGACUGUCUGGUCUCCCAGGAAGUCGCUCUGUGAAAGCGGACCGCGGGCCGCAGCCCGACCCCGGCGGCCCCGCCGGCUCUCCGACCGCCCUUCCGCUGAGGCCUGUGUCGACUCGUCCCGGGACCUGGUAGUGACUGCGGUGAAGGCCUCAGCAGUAUGGAUCCGUUUCUGUCUCUGCUGCACUCUUUCUCCUCGAGCCUGACGGACGGGGAGCUUUCUGCCAUGAAGUUUCUCUGCCGGGAUAAAAUAAGGAAAAGGAAGCUCGAGUCUGUGCAAACCGUCGGGGAGCUCUUCACCAUCCUUCUGGAGCAGCACGACAUCACGAGAGAAAACGUAGCGUUUCUUGAAGAAUUGCUUGGGAACAUUAAAAGAGAAGAUUUGCUCUCAAAGCUAAAGCAGUUCGUGGAUGAAGGAGAAGUUAAUGCUCCUGAAGAUCAACCAGACCCACAUGAAAAACGUCUUCAGAAGGUAGCUAUGGAAGUCAUAUGUGAUAACGUUGGGAGAGACUGGAGAAUGCUGAUGCGGAAACUGGACCUGUGUGACGUGAAAAUAGACAGAAUAGUGGCAGCCAACCCACGGGACUUGCGUGAGCAGCUGGUUCAGGCUCUGCGAGAGUGGCAGAGGUGGAGGGGAAGAGAUGCAAAGGUGGCUGACUUGAUAACAGCUCUUCGGAGCUGUAGUAUGAAUUUGGUGGCAGACAGAGUUGAACAGAAGCUCUCGCUGCUGAGCAAUGGAGCCAGGUGAAAUCAAUGCAAAACCACCCCCAGGUCUCACAUAUGGAUGCAAUAUGUAAAACAGUGCCUUUGGCUGUUUCAAACCAAAACCUCAUUGCAGUUACCAAUUCUGCCCCUAACUGAUGCACUUAAGUAGCUUGAUCUGUGGUCAGAUGAAGAUUGACAUAAACCUAAAUUCCUUUUGGGUAAUGCUGCAUACUUCGGUGCUUCCUUUAAGAGACUUAACUCUUUCAGAAGGCUUGAACACCAUCUGUAGUGAUUCUUUCAUUUUUGUUCUACCACCCACCUGAAAACAAGAUUUUUACUGCAGGUACUUUUUAGUUGCAUCUCUGCAAUUGCAUCUGUGAGACACUUGUGAGGCGACUGUACCUAACAUUUCACAGGGAGACUGGAUUAUUUUUGUUUAUGUGUGACCUGUUAUAACUCUAGUGUGAAGGAGUAAAUCUCUUAGCUGUGCACUGGCUUUUCUUUUUGAGUCGCAUAAGAUAAUACCUCCUACAACUUGUCAAAUCCGUUUGUUGUCUGUAGAAGACUCCUAAGCCAACUGUAACCUCAGGCCCUAAGACUGCAGUGCAAGAGGGCCAGUAACUAUGGUGGUGGCUUUUUCAGGGCAGAAUACAUGCCCAGGUUGAAAAUGAGCUAGUUGAAAUCAAAUGUCUGCAUCAAUUGCCUUCAACCUGAAGGAAGGGUCCUCCUGAAGCUAUCAAAGAAAGUAUGUGUGCCUCUCAGGUGUUUACAGCAGUCACUUGUUACUGCCGUGACUGCUCUAAGAAAACAUUUAAGAUGUGUUUACCAGAAAUCAUUCCAUAACUGGCACUGCAGUCUGGUCAUAUCUGAUGGAGCUGCAGCUCACCUCCUAAGUAAGCUGCAGUUACCUGUGCUCUUGGUAAUAAAACCCUUCUGGUGGAGGGAGUGAAAGGCUACUGAGGGUGAAUACAAUAGUACAGACUUUGCUUUAGUGACAGCCUGUGAAAAGUAGCUGUCUCUUGCCACAGUUCUCUUUAGAAGUUGCUCCAGAUCCAGUAUCUCUUCUAAGUUAUCUGCAGUUUUAUUAGUUCAUUGCUGUGCCUUGACAUUAAAGUGGCUGUAUGCAACAGAGAAGGAGGAUUUAUGAACACAAACAGAUUUGGUUGUCAGCUGUAAUUUGGAACAGGCUUGGAACGAUGGCCUUUGUGUUAACAAGUCUGGGAAAACUGCACAAGCUUCAAGACAUGCAGGGCUGUAGGGGGGAAAGUCCUCUGAAAUAGUGCUGAAGUGAGUAGGAUUGUUACUGCAAUCAUCCUUCCAAUUACAUAAUGGAUACCUGAAGAGGAGAGGCUUCUUUGCUGCUGCUGCAGCUGUGUAGCUUCAGCUGCUUCCAGGUUCAGUUGAGGUGGUGCUAUUGUUCAGAAGGCCAGGUGUCAGUAUGCAACAGACCACUGCUCUGCAGAAAUCUGACAUUUCUCAUUUUCAGGGGCUUGUUGCACUUGGUGCCUCUAAUUUAGAGGAUGACACUUCAAUACUUGAUUAUAAUUAGUGAAAACUGCUGUAAUGUGAACUCAUCUUUUCAUUAAGGGAUCCUCCUUAAGCCCUUCUCACAAGUAUUUUUCUACUGGUAGUAUAUUAAAUACCAAUGUCGGUGUCCAAGCAGAGGAGCACUGGGUAGUACUUAAGGUCCCUCCUGCCAUUUGGGCUGGUAUAGUUCUGCAGGUACUUGCUCCAGUACCUCGUAUUGAUUCUCAGUUUCAGACUUUGAGUAGGAGACACACUGCUGACUCCGGAUGAGCGUCCAACUCUAAUAUUUUGGAGGUUUUUGCUUAAUAGGUACAGCCUUCAUUCUACAGCACUUAACAUGAUUGCUUCAGACUUUCCUUCAUGUCUCUAGGCAAUCUUGGUGAACAGAGUGGAGUAGAAGUGAAGUGAGCACAGUGAGUUAUGGUUGUGAAGAAACAGCUCUGCAGCAGUUCCAAGUUCAGUCUCUGGUGACAUGUUUUUCUUACACACUAAAAAGAAGUCUUAUGGUUCACAGCAGAUGGGUUUAUCUGAAGUAUGAGGAGUGCACUGUCUACUGUGUAUAAACAGGAUGCUUUUAUGAAUCAGUAGAAAUACCUUGAUAGUUGUGGCCAAGCCUCAGCAGCUACAAGAAAUUCUCUGCCUUGGAGCGUAAACCUCUCUUGUUCCUUAAAGGCUCUGCCCAUCGUGGAUGUUGCACUGCUUAUGAAAGCAGUGACCUAGACUGCAUCAAUCCAUGCAGUACCUCAGGGCCAAUUAAUUAACACUGUUUUUAUUAGAGAUUUAAAAAACAAUUGUGUGUGAACAAAGCAAAAAAGCCUUUUUAUUGGGAGGAGUGAUAAGGGAAAAGGAUGCAGUUUGUAAGGACAUGUGAUCUUGUUGGCAAUCUUUUCAAAUGAACGUAUUUUUAUAACUGGAAUUAAAGUUCUAUAUUGUAUAAUUUUGUCAACACUUCAUUAAAAAUGCUUCCUUAAAAUAGCAGAAGUUUAUCUGGUUUAUGUUCUGGGAUUACUGUCUGUGGUGAGAUCCCUAAUUGGAGGAAGAUAAAAGUUAAGGGCACUUGUAAAGCAAGGAGUGGUGCUAAGCAGGUGUUAUGUUGGCAGUGCCCUUCUCAGAGCACUAUAAAAGGAGGAAGCAAAAAGCUUUGUCACUGUAUUUCUCAGAAGUGCUGAAAGGCUGCAGUUUCCUAGCAGGAGUAGCCUCUGAAUGAUGUCACUCAGGGAACUCAAGAAUUUGAAAUCUCUGCCAGCCCUCAUAAGCCUGGACUUGAGUCAGAGUGCGACGUGUGCAGGGGAGAGGCUGCCUGUGAAUAAGGCUCUUAAGCUGUUCCCUUGGUUUAACUGGCAGGUGCUCCGUUUGGGUUAUAAUUCAUUAAAAACAGCUGACAGGUUAUUUUAAACCCAUUCAGGGGUUUAGAAGAUGUGUUCAGAAGUUAACUUGAUGGAGGCUUUAGUGUGUAGACUGGCACUUAGGUGUUGGCACACGUAACGCUUCGAAUGAUUUAAGUAACUUAAGUGCCCCUGUUAGGAUAUCCUCAGGGAUACUCUGCAAGAUUGCCUGUGAGGAAUUACCAAAACCUCUUCCUUUUGGUCAGAACACAUUGAAAGUAUCAUCCCAACAGAGCUCUCCAUUUGCAGGAUUGUUUUUCCAUGUCCUUUCACAGUCCCUUUCAGUCCUUGCCCUUUCCUGUGGUUGUUACCAGUUUUAUAUCACAGAUUAAUGUUUGAGGCGUUGUUACCAUACCAAGCCACAAGUUCACUGGAGUUCAGCUUUCCCCUUACCCGAGCUGCUUGUCGUGCCUGUAUCAAUUAGAACGCGCUGCUCUCCUUCUCCAUUCCCCACACACAGCUGCACUUCCUCCAGCCUUUGUUUCGUUCCUAAAAUAAUUGGCUGCUUUCUGCGAUCUAGUUGCUGCAUUUAACUGUCUUGUCAGGCAAGACAGGCUGCGUCUCCAGGCCCUUCUGGUGCUUGGGAAGUUCUUCAUGCAGGCCUUUGGGCUGACUGCUUUUUCAGUUGAACCUAUUUCUGGCCACUCUUGGUUUUUUCCAUAAUUACAAAAAAGUGCUUUGUGCUUUUCUUUCCAUUUCCUGCCCAGAUCACCUGCGUCCUUAAAAUGCAUUCCAGCAUGGGAAAGAUUUGCCUAAGGUCCUUUCCUUCACUGAUUUAUUGUCUCUCUUCUCUGCCAGUGAUUUUACUGCAAGACUGCAGCGGUAGAAUUAAGAAAUCAGUUCUCUGUUUCAACAGUAUGCUAUGAAAAGAGGAAUUGUGGGGGUGAGAUGAAGGAUGGGGAGGGAGCUUCAAGAGCUUCUGAAGAUGCUGUGGCAAUGUUCAGAGCUGAGAGGAGUGAAAGUUCAGAGGGUGUGCUGCAGUGGGUUCUGGGAAGUGUGGGUUUAGAAACAAGGAAGCAAACUGGCAUUUGUAUUUACUUCGGGGUGUUCAAGCCUUCACAGCAGGCCUUGUGCUGAGUGAAGUUAGAGAGAAAAUGGGACCCUUGUCACCAUCCACUGGGAUUUUCUGGGGUGGGUGUUUUAUUUACAUGUGACUUUGUUUUUAUAGAACUUUUGUGUAAAGCAAUCAUCUUGUAAUUAAAAAUGUAAUUAGAAA